UCGGCCAUUGAAGCAGCUCAUGAGCACUGGUUUCUCAACGGAAAUGAAAAAGGAAAAAAGGGCAGGAAAAAACAAGAACUAUCGCGACUGAUAAUGACGAAGAUUAAGGAAGAUGAUUAAAUUAAUCAAGUGCCGUUAGGGUUUGGUUGUUGAACUAAUCGUUCGUCAAUUCUCCAAGCAUUUUUAACAAAUUCCAGUCUGCAAGUCAUUUGGAAUCUUGGAAUCUUCCUCUUGCUUCCGUUGAUCGGUUCUCCGUUUGCAUUUUGGGCUCUGUUCUUUCUUUCUUUUCCAUUUUCUGGAUCAGUUCUUCCAUUUUUUGCGCAUUUAAUCUUUUCUUUGUCAUCUGUUUCGCUUCUGAUUCGAAUUUCCAUCAGCUGUAUUUCCACCUUUUCCAGCAUGAGUCUUCAACCUACGCGAUCGGACUUGGAAUCUACUGAUAUUGACGGCGUGAAUCCUAAUGACUCUGGUCGAAUUCAACCGUCGUCGCCGGGUGCUCUUCUAUCAGCGCGUCAUUCAUUGGACUCCCAGCGGAGAAUAGCAAUUGCUGUUGAUUUGAGCGAUGAAAGCGCCUACGCUGUCCGUUGGGCUGUUCAGAACUAUCUCCGUCCCGGCGAUUUGGUGUUUUUUCUUCACGUGCGACCUACCAGCGUUCUUUACGGAGCGGAUUGGGGAGCGGUUGACCUUAAUCAAAGGAGUAGCGGCAGCGACGAUGUUAGCGCCGAGGAAUCGCAAAGGAAGCUCGAGGACGAUUUCGACAACUUCACGACGACCAAGGCCAGUGACUUGGCUCAACCUUUAGUGGAGGCCAAUAUUCCUUUCAAGAUUCAUAUAGUCAAAGACCACGACAUGAAGGAGAGGCUGUGCUUGGAGGUUGAAAGAUUAGGGCUCAGCGCUGUUAUCAUGGGGAGCCGUGGCUUCGGCGCCUCCAAGCGAAUCACUAAGGGCCGACUUGGGAGUGUUAGCGAUUACUGCGUUCACCAUUGUGUAUGUCCAGUAGUGGUGGUCAGGUAUCCCGAUGACAAGGAUGGUUCUCGUGGAGAUGCCGAUGCCGAUGGAAGUACUGGCGGCUCGGUGAAGAGUAUUAUUGGGGAGGAAGUGGAGCUUGAACCAGUGCCUGAGGACGAGCAGGAGUAUCACGACGCUGAUGAGGAGAUCAAAGGUUCGAGUUCUUGACUUUUUUGUUUUGUAAACACCUUGGUGCUUGUCAAUUUCUUGAUUUUUUUGUUAAUCACUUGAUAUCAUGAGGUUUUUUUGCUUGAAAUUGGAUAAUUCCAUCUUUUCUGUUCAUCAUUGGAUCCUCUUCCCCUUUUCUGCUGGGAAAUAGAUGAUUUAUUGCCUUGAUUGUUAAUGGUUCAUUAUCAGAUUUCUGGGAGUGGUGAGCAAAAAUGAUGAGCGUUAAGAUUUAGAAAGCUGGGUUUCUUGUAUGAUGCAUCGCAGUCUGUUCAAUGUCAUUUUCUGAGUGAGUUUGUUCGUUAUUCUGGACUGUGAUGGACUAGUUUCCUUGGAAGUUAGAACAUCAGAUAGCAUUCAUUUAGAAAUGUGUUCCAAUUCUACUUUUUCUACACGGAAAUGAUAUGUAAGGUGUUGUUCUAAGCGAGAAUAGAGGAUGAAAUUUGGGAAAUUAUGGUGCAGUUAAUACUUUGACUUCCGGUUGGAGUAGAGCUAGACUCUCUUCAUAGUAGAU